AUGGGGAUUCUGGGUUUUCUCCGUAAUGGCCAUAGGCACUGGCCAUCUGCAACAAUUCAUUUCCUGGUUUUCUUAACAUUCUUGCUACAUAAUAUUGGAGGGUCUUUAUCAGCUUCCAAUUACUUGAUUGGUCUUGGAAGCUAUGACAUAACAGGGCCUGCUGCAGAUGUCAAUAUGAUGGGUUAUGCGAAUUCAGAGCAGACUGCUUCCGGAGUUCACUUCCGGUUGCGAGCUCGAUCAUUUAUUGUGGCAGAACCUCAAGGAAACCGCUUAGUAUUUGUAAAUCUUGAUGCCUGCAUGGCCUCCCAAAUUGUUUCAAUUAAAGUGCUUGAGAGACUUAAAGCAAGGUAUGGGGACCUUUAUACAGAGAAGAAUGUCGCCAUUAGUGGUAUUCACACUCAUGCUGGUCCUGGUGGCUAUCUCCAAUAUGUUGUAUAUAUUGUAACAUCUCUUGGAUUUGUACGCCAAUCAUUUGGUGUCAUUGUUGAUGGCAUAGAGAAAAGCAUUGUACAAGCUCACGAGAGUCUUCACCCAGGGUCAAUUUUUGUAAACAAAGGUGAGCUUUUUGAUGCUGGGGUAAACCGUAGCCCUAGUGCUUAUCUCAACAAUCCUGCAGGAGAGAGGGCUAAGUACAAGUAUGAUGUUGACAAAGAAAUGACCCUCUUAAAGUUUGUAGAUGAUGCAUGGGGCGCAGUGGGUAGCUUCAACUGGUUUGCUACUCAUGGAACUUCAAUGAGUCGUACAAACUCAUUAAUAAGUGGUGACAACAAAGGAACUGCAGCACGGUUUAUGGAGGACUGGUUUGAACAGAAGGAUUUUCAGCAAGGUUUUGACGCUCUGCAUUUCAAUAAUUCUGAUACUGACAGAAUCCCUCGAAGAGUCUCAAACAUAGUUCCUAACCAUAAUGAAAACCGAAGUGAGUUGAUGAGACUUGCCAACAAUUUUCAGUUUUCUCAAGGACAACCUGCAACAAGGUUUCUGAGUCUUGCAAGUCGGGUCAGGAAUGCUUUGAGCCAAGCUGACAGGCCUCAGUUUGUAUCUGCAUUCUGUCAAUCAAAUUGUGGUGAUGUAAGCCCAAAUGUUCUUGGAGCAUAUUGCAUAGACACUGGAUUGCGUUGCGAUUUCUCUCACAGUACCUGCAAUGGUAAAAAUGAAUUAUGCUAUGGUCGGGGACCGGGUUACCCUGAUGAGUUUGAGAGUACUCGUAUAAUUGGAGAAAGGCAAUUCAAAAAAGCCGUGGAGCUUUUUGAUAAAGCAACUGAGCAACUAAAAGGGAAGGUUGAGUACCGGCAUUCAUAUCUAAAUUUUUCCAACCUUGAGGUCACACUUCCUAAAGCGGGUAGGGGUCAUGAGGUGGCAAAAACAUGCCCAGCUGCCUUGGGCUUUGCUUUUGCUGCAGGGACUACUGAUGGCCCCGGAGCGUUUGAUUUCAAGCAGGGAGAUAAUAAGGGGAAUGCCUUCUGGAGGUUGGUGAGGAACUUGAUAAAAACACCGAGUCAGGAACAGAUCAAAUGCCAAAAUCCAAAGCCUAUUCUGCUUGAUACUGGGGAGAUGAAGGCACCAUAUGACUGGGCACCCUCAAUACUUCCAGUUCAAAUUUUGCGGAUAGGGCAGCUUGUGAUUUUGAGUGUGCCUGGAGAAUUUACAACUAUGGCCGGCAGGCGCCUUCGUGAUGCUGUCAAGACUGUGCUUACUUCUGGAGGUAGUGGAGAGUUUGACAACAAUGUCCAUAUAGUCAUUUCAGGGCUUACCAAUACAUAUUCACAGUAUGUGACCACCUUUGAGGAGUACCAAGUGCAAAGAUAUGAGGGAGCCUCUACACUGUAUGGUCCACACACACUUGAUGCCUACUGUCAAGAGUUCAAAAAAUUAGCUGCAGCUCUCAUCAGAGGCCAAACUGUUGAACCAGGCCCGCAGCCACCAAAUCUUCUUGACAAGCAAAUCAGCUUACUUCCACCAGUAGUCGUCGAUGGUACCCCGCCCGGGGUGAAUUUUGGGGAUGUCAAGACUGAUGUCCCUCCAAAUUCCACCUUCAAAAAGGGUGGAAUAGUUACAGUCACCUUCUGGUCUGCUUGCCCAAGAAAUGACCUUAUGACCGAAGGCACAUUUGCACUGGUUGAGAUCCUCCGGGACCAAAAGACAUGGACCCCAGCUUAUGACGAUGAUGAUUUCUGCCUGCGGUUUAAGUGGUCAAGGUUUGCAAAACUUAGCCCUCAGAGCCAUGCAACCAUAGAAUGGAGGAUUCCUGCAUCUGCAACUUCAGGUGUGUACCGGAUAAGCCAUUUUGGUGCUUCAAAAUCACUUCUUGGAUCAAUCCACCAUUUCAAAGGUUCAUCUAGUGCUUUUGUAGUGGCAUAGACACGUGGAAAUAACAUGUCUUUCACUGCUUGUGCUCAGUUAUAGAGAUGCUGUAAAUUAAAGUAAGUAGACAAUUUAUGAACCUUUUGCUGAUAAAGGAUGUUUCUGAAUCGGUUUUCAUAUA